UGAAGCAUCACUCAUUUGAGUCAGCCAUCUGAUAAAGACACAGUAGAUGGGUCUUUCUAUGAAAGUCUUACCAAUAGGACUGCUCACAGCAUCCCACAUUUUUCUCCAAGUAACACAGAGCCAAGGACACUGCUAGGGAUAAAUGUUCAAACAGCUGGGAAGGACAAGAAGGAGCUGCAUUCUGUGGCUGGAAUUCCUUGGAACAGGAUAAUAUUUGUAAAUGCUGCAAAAAUUUGUCUUCAUAGCAAAAUGAAUCUUUUCUGUUUUUCACUGGAAGGUUCCAUGGACAGCUUAUAUGAACCAAUUAAAGAAAAUCAAGAACCACAUGAAACCAUUUGCAUGACCAGCAGAGCUAACAUCCCAGAAAGUGCCUCUAUGAAAUGUGGACCUCCAGAAAGAUCUCAGUCGUUGGAAUUUUCUGAUAUUGAGAACACCCUAAUGAAAGACAGUCCAUCCAGAAGUCCAUGUCAGAAAAUGAAGCAUUUGAUAGGAAAAAUGUGAAUGGCAUACUCGGGCAGCUUCCCAAGAAGCAAGAGAAUGAUUUGUACUUCGGAAGGCACUGUCAGUCUGAAGGUCCACGACCACCAGAUGUUUAUGUCUCUGAAGAUGAGAAUGAAGCUCCAACAUUGUGUAUGAAAUUAAUGAAAUCCCAGGAAAAGAAAAUCUUGAAAGAGAAUACGAGAAGAAAGGAAGAAACUGAGACUAAGACAGACCUUAUCUCUGCUUCCUUGGACAGAUCUUAUACUUCCAGACUGAGCAACUCAGGAAAUAUUUGCAUCCGUUCAGAAACUGAAUUUCAACUCUGGAGUGACUGGAAACCCUUUCCUGACAACCAGCUGUGCCCCUGUGACUUCCUGAUUACAAGGAUAGAAGAGUGGGGAGAAUGCACUUGUUUAUCUCACCAGCUCCGUCUUACUAGUUCUCUCACAGACAUUGAUCUCUCAUGUUCAUGGCGAGCAAGUAGCUUUGGAAACUUUGACCAUUGCAGACAUCACUCAGUAGCAAAGCCAGAUGAUUCAUCUGAGAUAUGUGAACCAGAUGUUGUAAGUGAUGGUGGAGAAUUGGGACAAAACAAAUCACCAAAUAAUGGAGGAAGUAUUGGAAAGAAGAUGCGGGCCAUUUCCAUGACCAUGAAGAAAAAGAUGGGCAAAAAGUACAUCAAGGCACUUUCAGAGAAUGAAGAAGGAAAAGACGGUUCCUGUUCUAAUAGGCACAGUGAUCCGGGUGGAGGAUCAAGCACUGAGAAGGUCUCUCUAAAAGCCAGCGACUCCAUGGAUAGUCUCUAUAGUCUCAAUAGUGGCCAGAGCUCAUCAAGUGGGGUAACUAGUUGUUCAGAUGGGACAAGCAACAGGGACAGCCUGAGGCUUGAUGAUGAAGUACCUUAUACUGGACCAUUCUGUGGCAGAGCCAAAGUACACACAGACUUCACACCAAGUCCUUAUGACACAGAUUCUCUCAAAAUCAAGAAAGGAGAUAUCAUUGACAUCAUCUGUAAAACCCCAAUGGGUAUGUGGACGGGACUGCUAAACAACAAGGUGGGAAAUUUCAAAUUCAUUUAUGUGGAUCUUAUUACAGAAGAGGAAUCUGUACCUAGAAAGAUAAAGCCCCACAAGAGGAGUAAAAGGGUGAAGCCUACUUCUCUUCAAGAAUUCUUGAAUCAACUCAAUCUCCAGGAUUAUUCAUCAACCCUCUUGCUAAAUGGCUAUGAAACACUGGAAGAUUUGAAAGAUCUAAAAGAGAGCCAUUUAAUUGAACUUAAUAUUGAAAACCCAGAGGACAGAAGAAGGUUACUUUCUGCUAUUGAGAAUCUGCAGGACUAUGAAAAUGAACAAGACCAGGAAACAGAGCAAGUGCCACAGACCUUGAGCCCUGACCUCAGCUUUAACAAGUCACAGUUAAAUGACUGUCCAAGAGACUCUGGUUGCUACAUCUCACCAGAAAAUUCAGAUAACAGCAAAGAAGACCUCGAUGCAGAGAACCUGUGUGACAUGGUACAGACCAUCACCAUCACUGAAUCAGACUGAAAUCAGCUCACAUUUCCAGCAUAAUGACUCACACUGAAUUUGCUGCUUCAGCAAAUGCAUGGAACUGAUCUGUUAGCCUGGACAUGCAAUAAUAGACAGUAUUGUGUAUUAUCAAUCAUUGUUAAGCUUAGACAAGACAUUUGAUUUCCAAGUUUUUUUUAAAAAUCACAUAAGCAAAUAAACGUAUCUUGAAUAAUCUAAACUUAUAUUUGUACUUGUCCUAAAGACAGAACAAUUGCAUUUUUAUGCAUAUGUGCCGUAAACUACUUUUCUAUCAUAUGAGAGUUAGAUAAUGGUUUAUAGUUCCAAAACUUACCAUUUCCAAAAAAAAUUCUAAAUAUUGUAAAUAGUGUUUGUAAUUGCUAUUUUACAAGUUAUCUUGUUCUUUGUAGAUUAGCAACAACAUUUUUUUUCUCUAAAAUGCCACUGCAAUUAAAAUGUACCCAGCCAAAUAUAUAAAUAUGAAUCUUUCUGGGCCUAAUUUCAAUACUGCAAUGCAGAGUUGCUAAUCAUCAAUUAAAGCGAUUUAUGUUGUCAUAAAGUAAGGCAAUGUUAAUAUACAUACAAUUAGACUACUUAAAAUCACACUGGGUUAUGUAUUCCAAAUACGUUAUACAUAUUUUCCUUUUUAUACAGGGUUUCCUUAUUCCUUUUGUUGUUUUCUUUGUAAACAAUGUUAGAGGAGAGUUACUAGAAGUGAUUUUCUUUUUUCACAAUUCUCUAUUGUAAACUCUUCUUCAAUGUGCUUAAUAUGAAAAUAGACAUUCAGAAAUACCUAUUUAUUAGUAAACAAUCAAGUAAAGGUUUAAAAAUGAGUAUACAGCAUUGUCUAUUCCUUGGGAAACUUAUGUCUACAUGUAUUUUACAAGGAUGU